CAGGCUGCGGGCCUCACUUUUCCCUGCACUUAUCCACAAAUUCGCAUGGUUCUGAAGAGCAUCUCCCGUCUCGACGCCCCCGUUCGACACAAGGCGCCAGUGCCACUGCGGCUGCUUGAGCAUUGCUUCUUCACGCUGGACAUGUCGAUACCCUCCGACCAAGCUCUCUGGGGGGUGUUGUGUCUUUCCUUCUUCUUUCUUCUACGCCGUUCAGAGAUCGCUUCAUCCGGCAAGAAGUUCGCGUGGUUUGCGCUCAAGGCGGAAGAUGGGGCCGUGCUCGACAUCAAUGGGCUCCUGGCACGCGAAGCUUCAUCGGUACACAUUCGACUCAGAGGAUCGAAGACAAACCAACGAGGCACGCCAACGCUCCGGGUGCUGAACCGCUCAGGUCACAAUUUCCUGUGCCCGGUGUUUGGUGCGCUCUAUCUAAUGCAAGCGCAUCGGGUGCUGCCGCUUGACAUCCCUGCAGCCGUGUUCACCAACAAGUUCGGGCGUCCAGAGUGCGUGUCGGCGCUAUCAGUGACGAGAUCAAUUCGCCAAGCAGCCGCAGACCUUGGCUACAGCCCAGCAGAAUUCAGCGCUCAUUCACUGAGAGCUGGAGGAGCCACGCACAUGUACCGCGCGGGCAUAAAUGCCCUCACGAUUCAAUUCCACGGCAGGUGGGCAUCCGACACAUUCAAGCAAUAUGCAAGGCUCUGCCAGGAAUCCGUCAGCGCGCUUGCCUCCAAGAUCGUCUCGGGGUCAAAGGACAUGAAUCGCCUUCCGUAA